CAAAGAAUGCAGCUAUCACAAUCUUAGGCGGUGAAGGACUGGACAUUUCCAUAUGACAGAAAGCUCUUGUCGUCAUGACUGAAUUCGAGUUUCCCGCCAAUUUUCGUCGUCUGACAAUGACGCAAUCUGCCGACAAACAGCUGUUCUGUGGGUCAAAGUUCAGCAUGUGUCCCAGCGGGCAAUGUCCUACGGGUACAUGACCGAAUCAAUCAUUAACAGCGGAGACAUGUGGACUUUCCCUGGGCAUACUUGUGGGGAACAUUCGGUCAGUACAAGUCUGAAGUCUAGACGCACGUUUGCCGAGUGAAGCUGUUUUAGUCAGAUCGCUGAGCACUGUCUGACACGCCGCCAUGGGAGACUACUGGCUUCUCGUCAAGUUCCUGGUGCCGCUGGCCUGUACAACCAUCGCUAUAGACAUCGGCGAACAGGCGCUGAACCGCGGCGUGGCGUUCUCCGAAAACGUGACGGCGAGUUACGGGCUGGCGUUCACGUUCACCAAGUUCCUGGCGGGCCCUGUGCAUGAGCUGAAGAACGUGGGGCUGGUGCUGGUGCACAACCAGGCGGACAGCAGGCGGGCAGCCCUCUCUACAACUGUCAUGGGCUGCUUCACGGCGGGGAUACACUUACUCAUAGCCCUGACGCCCCUGGGCCCGCUGCUGAUAGAGACGGCUCACCAGGUUGGACCUGUUGUUGGGAACGGGACUCGCCGCGCCAUGCUGAUGCUCACGGGCUUCCCGCUGUUAGAGGGGCUGUCGUGGAUCCUGGCAGGCGUGACGCUGCAGCACAGGCACACCGUGGUGGUGGCGGCGGGAUCCAUAGCUGAUGUUUGUCUACAGGUGGUGGUGACCUUGGGCCUGAUGGAGACCAGCCUCCAGACGGACGACCCGCUGCUGAUCCCGAUCCUGGCCGGGUACGCGGGCCAGCUGGCGCGGUUCGGCAUCGUGCUGUCCGGGUUCCUGUGGAAGGUGUACCCGCGCAUGCGCCAGCUCCAGCCGCUGGAGGCCAAGGACAGCUUCACGGUGCUGAGGAUGCUGAAGUUCUGGUGGCCACUCGGCAUGGUGGCCGCCACACAGAAGGCCAGCAGGCCGCUCGUCAACCUGCUAGUCUCGCGAGAUCUGGGUGGACAGGAGGCUGUGGACGCCGUGGCCGUUCUUACAGUAUCGUACCCGGUGGGACACCUGCCGUACUCCUGGCUGAACGACCUGCGGCUGGUGGGACCGGCCUUUAGAAAGAAAGGUGGACACAUCGUGUCGUGGUCGACACUGAGGAAGUUCGCUGUUCUCUGUCUUUUGCUCGUUCUAGUGGUGGCGUUCCUUCUGUUCUUCGUGCCCGGCGUUGGAUUCUGGCUGAUGACAGUGUGGAUUGACACCAGCGCCAGUAUAGCCCGGAUGUGCAAGGAGCCGCUCCGGAUAUUCGCCUUCUUCGGGAUCCCGGUGGCCAUCCGUGCACACCUGACCAGUUGGCUGAUGGUGUAUAAGCGGACCUGGAUCCUCUCUCUCAGCUGUGUGCUCAGGGUGAUCGCGCUGGUCGUGUCUCUCAUAGUUUUCCCCAAAGUCGGUGUAAGCGGCGGCACGAUGGGUGUAGCGGCUCUACUUACAGGAUUCUGGGCGGAAGUCGUGGUGGUCGUCAUCGGGUUCUUCUUCAUCAGGAGGAAUGUAAAGAGAUCCCAGGCGAAGCUGACAGAGAGUACUGAAGAGGACAGAGCGUCAGGGUCAGACGAGAAGAGCAGAGAAGGACUGCUGAGUCUGGUGGAGAGGGAGACAUCUGUAUGACACACGACUGAUUAGCAAGAUGUUUUAAUUGAACAUUUUAAGCAUUUUAUAUGACGUAUAGUUUUGAUGGGAGAACGAAGUACAAACCUGAGGAAAAUCAGUCGUACAAGAAACUGUAUCAUAGCGUCUCAUAGUGUACAGCAUCUGUACCUCCUGACUAGAACCGUGCAAUACGGGGUUAUCAAGCAUAUAAGUCGCAAUCAUAAAUAUUGUCAUUGCUAUUUAAUUUCGUAUCAUAAAGAUGAUAUUUGUAUACCGCUAACUGUUCCUUUAUUCAUUUAACCUCACAGCAAGUGAGUUUCUAAGUGCUCACGUAGACAAUAUUUGUUAAUUGUUACAAUACAG